AUGGAAGCGGCAAAGGCGUUUAUGUCCGGUGGAGGCGGAGGCAACGGCGGCGAGGGCGAUGGCCUGCCCAAAAACGCCAACGGCGAGAUGCCGAGCAGAGAAGAAAUGCUCAAGACGAUCGAAAGCUUACAGAAAGCUCAAAAAGCCGAAUCAUCGGCCAACGACCUCAAAUCCAAAGCCAUGAACAUGUUAAACUCCAGUAAACGGGAAAGCAUGCUCAAAGAAGCCUUCGACAAAGAAAUGGAGGCUCACGGUCACAGCAAAAUGGCCAAACGUCUGCAGAGCGGCGGUUGGCAAGGUUUUGGCUUUGGGGGAGGCAUAGGCGCCGCGACAGGAAUCGGUCUCGGAGCCGGCUUGGGAACAGUUCUAGGUGCAAUUGCCAUGGUCCCGACGACAGGCCUAGGUAUGCUGGUCGGCACUGGUGUCGGUGCUAUACGUGGGCCCUUUAUCAAGUUGGGUGGCAAAGAGGAACCGUUCGAAGACGCGGAUCCAGAGAAAGUGGUCGAUGCUCUGGAGAAAGAGCAACAAAACUAUAAAUCACAGUCCGAACAGUCAAACUCGGAAAGCGGUACGGCAGACAGCAAACAAGGUGGCGAACAGAAGCCACGGAGGAAGCCCAAGAAACUGGAAAUCAGAUCACAGAAAGGGAAAGAAGAGCAGGCAGCCAACGCUUCGGACAAGAGUACUCCUGAUGUGAAGGCAGGCGUGUCUGAUGAGUCAAAGCCGAAGAGGAAACCGCCGAAACUCGAAAUUAGAUCUGGCAAAGGCAAAUCGGGUAGUAAUGGCACAGCGGCGAAGACAUGA